AUGCCGUCCAUUUCGGGUUAUCUGUCGCGCUACUUCAGCCCUGAGAAACCCAAACCACCACCCAUUACGACCGGCACCGCCUCGGUCCUGCUGGUAAUAUACACCCUGGUCUACGUCAUCCCGUUCUACCUGUCUUCCAAGACCAGGCCGUCCAGGACACUAUCGCGUGAUGCCCCUUCGGUGAUUCGGGCGCGCAUCACCUCUGUGAGCCUGACCUGCAUCUUUUGCUCAGUGUGCACUUUUCUGGUCCUCACGUCGCAGGGCCACGCAACUCGGCCGGAUGCAAUCCGCUCCAUGGGCUACUGGCCGGUCGGUCUGGCCGAAACGGCCAAGACCCUCCUUCUGACGGCCAUUUUGUUCGCCGGGCCGCUGUAUGAGACCUUUGUGAUCCACGGAGCCUGGCGCGACUGGCUGAGCCUCCAGCCCGUCACUGAGUUAUUCAGUGAGUGGACGACCUGGCGCAAUAUUAUUGCUGGCCCGUUUACCGAGGAGGUGCUCUUCCGCUCCGCGUCGGUGCCGUUGAUGCUUCUGGCGCAGACAUCGGUGGCCAAGACCAUAUUCCUUUCGCCUGUGAUCUUCGGCCUGGCCCACCUGCACCACUUCUACGAGUUUCGGAUCUCUCACCCGCAGGUCCCCGUUUCGGUCGCCCUGCUGCGGUCUCUGCUACAGCUGACCUACACGUCGCUGUUUGGCGCAUACGCCACCUUUCUGUUCCUCCGCACGGGAAGCCUGCUGGCGAUCUUUGUGGUGCACGCCUUUUGCAACUGCAUGGGGCUGCCGCGCUUCUGGGGUCGCGUGGAGCCGAUCAACGACAUGGGCGAGGCCAAGGCCAGACCCUCGGUCGUGUGGACGGUCGUGUAUUACGUUCUUCUCCUAAUCGGUGCCUACUCUUGGUGGAAGAACCUGGGAUCGCUGACCCAGAGCCCCAACGAAUUGGUGCCAGUGAACAUCUAA